UCCCCUAUCUGAUCUCGUCUCUAUAGAUAAAAGUAUGAUAACACGAAUACGUGUGUGAACGCGCCAGCGGCGAUCCAUCUUCCACCCGAUCGAGUGACGCAUCAUAUCGCAGAUCGAUAACGUGCCUUUGCUCCGAACUAUUUGCUUUUGCCAUCAUCUUAAUCAUCGACCAAUAUAGCCAGCAAAAUGCGGACGGCUGAAUCUAAGCCUUCGUUGGGAGAACGGCGGAGAGGCGAGAUUGCCCUCAGCGAGUUCGCCGAGUACGCUGAAAAGCAACAGGCCCAGCGAUCAGCUCAGUAUUUGCCCAGUGACAGCGGCUACGAAACAGCCAGCGCAGCUCCAGUACCUGAAGACCAUGCCGAACUGGAUAUUCUCGACCAGCUAGACCUCGCGGAUGCUCCGAAACCGGUCAAGUUGAAGGAGUUGCUCCUGGGCACUGGUGAACAGCCAGACCAUGACAUCCAAGUCCUGGCCAACAUCCUACAGACGCGCAUUGACGAAGGACAUGGUGAGACGCUCUUCGACCUGGGUCUUGAAGAUGGCGGGGAUUCCAUGUCCUUUGAUCUGAGCCAGUGGAAUACAGCUUUGCAGCGCUUGCGGGAAGCGGCGGAAACCCUCCCUGCUCACUGUCGGAUCCUUGUUACCUACAAUGUUGGCGGGCCUGAAGAAUCGCGCGUGAAGCAUGAGCGAAUCAAAGGCUCUUGGGGCAAGCUCUUGAUCCGGCAGCCAGCGGGCACCGUGGAGGAGAUGGCUGAGAUCCGCAUGGCAGUGGUUGGUAAUGUUGACGCAGGUAAGAGUACCAUGCUGGGUGUGCUGGUCAAGGGAAACUUGGAUGAUGGCCGAGGAAAGGCUCGACUCAAUCUGUUCCGCCACAAGCACGAAAUCGAGAGCGGUCGGACCAGCUCGGUAGGGAUGGAGAUAAUGGGCUUCGACAGCCGUGGUGACAUUGUAAGCAGCGCUCAUGGGCGGAAGAUGUCCUGGGAAGAUAUAGGAAGGCGUUCCGCCAAAGUAAUAUCCUUCUCUGAUCUCGCUGGGCAUGAACGGUACCUGCGGACUACGGUUUUUGGCAUGCUGAGCAGCAGCCCCAACUACUGUUUACUCAUGGUCGCGGCUAACAAUGGCCUCAUUGGCAUGAGCAAAGAACACCUGGGUAUUGCUGUGGCUUUACACGUGCCGGUCAUGGUAAUUGUCACCAAGAUCGAUAUUUGCCCACCGCAGAUUCUGGAGGAGACCCUUUCCCAGCUCAGCAAACUUCUCAAGUCGCCUGGUUCCCGCAAGAUUCCCAUUUUCAUAAAGGACAUGGAAGAAACCAUCAACACGGCGACACAGUUUGUGAGCCAGCGGAUCUGCCCGAUCUUCCAGGUGUCCAAUGUCACUGGAGAGAAUCUGGACCUUGUGCGGACGUUCCUGAAUAUCCUUCCUCACCGCGGCCAAUACAAUGUGAAUGCUCCGUUCGAGUUCCUCAUCAAUGAUACGUUCUCUGUGCCUCAUGUGGGUACAGUUGUGUCUGGGGUGGCCAAGUCGGGUGUGAUACACGCUGGCGAUACUGUUUUGGUUGGGCCUGACUCUCUCGGUCAAUUCACGACUACCACGAUUAAGUCCAUCGAGCGCAAGCGUAUUCAGGUCAACGCUUGUUUUGCAGGCCAGUCGGGCUCUUUCGCUUUGAAACGUGUCCGACGGAAGGAGGUCCGUAAGGGCAUGGUAGUUCUAAAGAAGUUGGACCAGCCGCCGAAAGUCUACAGGGAGUUCGUCGCUGAGGUCCUGAUCAUAUCUCACGCCACCACGAUCAAGCCUCGCUAUCAAGCAAUGCUGCAUGUCGGCGCAGUAAGUCAAACAUGCUCCGUCAUUGACAUUGAUCGUCCCUUCAUUCGGGGCGGUGACCGCGCAUUGGUUGCGUUCAGAUUUGUACAGCGUCCCGAAUUCUUGGCCCCCGGAGAUCGAGUGCUUUUCCGGGAGGGAAAGACCAAGGGACUAGGGGUGGUUAAAAGUGUGGGAUACGAUCCCAAACAGCCGUUGAACCCAGAGGCGAAGAAUGCCGCGGAGACGAGCAAACAAGCCUGACAGGUUCCGUGGCUCUCUUACCCGAUAUAUACAUAGUUUGAGAUCGACCGUGGCGUCCAUAUUCGGCUACGAGACCUUCGCAGUUGCUUCUGCGCGAAGGUCAGCAUGAUUCAGAUUUGGCACUGAUAUUGGUCGUAGGGUAUUGCAUUCUUACUGCGAAUAUUUCAUAGUGUGUUUUCAUUAUUUGCUUGCUUCUGGGGUGCAUUUUAUGGUGGCGUUCGAAUGAGGGAGACUAAGUAUCUACGAGUCACCGUUCCAAUUGUGCAGCCCCCAAGGGUCUCUCUCUUUGUCCAUAGAAUUUUAAUUGACUUUGGUCUGCUGCUCCGUCUCUUGCAUUGUCGGUG